GUGGUGACAGUUGUGUGCUCAUCCUGGAUCUGUGAGCGACCAAAUCCUUGUGUCCUUGUGAAGUUUCAAAAACCGCAUCACAGAGAAGGAAUCUUGGUUGACAAAAGGCCAAGAUCAACAAGAUGCUUCUAAUGCAGAGUAGUUGAGCUCGGAGCAUCGGAGCUCGGUCUUUCCUGCGACUCGCUCCGCAUCUCGCCGGGUUCUCACGGGGAUUGCUCAAAGACCAUUUAUAGCAACGCAACCCCCGUCGCCUAGCCGCUUCCCUGCUCCACGUCCCCGAAGCACACGCCAAUCUUGCAACGGCACGCAUCGGCCGAGAAGAACGACAUGGAAUCAAAUCCAGGAAGCAUGUACAACCGCAGCCAGUUCCGGACUGCGUGUGUUGAUAGACGCUGAAACCGUGCAGGAAUCCCGCAUCUUGUGUGAUGCCGGCAAUCCUUGUCUAUCGACGUGCUGAUAAGCUUGUUCAUCAGGUCCUGUGCUUACCUACUGUGCUCCUUGACGUUACACCCUCUCGCUGCGUAAUGGGUACCCGCGACGAGGUGCAAAUGAUCUUUCUGUAUAUCGACCUUGCGACCCGGAAAAUUCUCUCUACACCAUCACCGACACAGUUGGAGCUGUGGAUCGGGCAAACACACAUUUUUCCUUGGCGUGGAUCGAGAAUUCGCCUCGGAUGGAGCUUCGCAAGAGUGGCCGUGGAAACUAGAAAAUGGACAGUCCACAUUUCAGAUUCCCUCUGGGGAUUGUCUUUGCCGUGCGAGUUCUAGGGUUCCGGUGGAGCGGGUGACUCCCUAAACUGGACUCUAAUUAUCUGCGUUCAUUAUUUGUACCCUUUGUGUUUAGUGAGAACAAUUCAAACCAAUUUUUCAUAUACAAAAAAAGGAAAGACAUGAGCUGUUGUUGUGUAGGGAACAAGUACUCUUAUGUUUGUAAAGAUCAUUAUUUUUAAUUUAAGUUAUUUGAAGAUAAUCCAUACCAUUUUUUUUAAUUUAGGAAGGUACAAGUUAUCACCUUUUGUAUCUAAAACCAUGAAGACACCAGAAAUUCCAAAUUACUUUAAAUUC